UCGAACUCCGCUUCACUUGUGUUUUUUUUCUAAUUUUACUGUCAUUAGGCCGAUAAUUUGAUGCAUAUUUUGUAUGCAACAGUUAUUUUGACUUGUUAAAGUGCUCUAUUAUGUACCAAAUCAUCGCGGGGAAUGCUCUAAGUGCGUCUAUAAACUAAAAUCAAUAACAAUCAUUGACCAACAAAGUUACCAAGAUGAAUUAUGAAGCCGAAAGAGCCAUGAAUCAGAAGCGAUUGCGAAUGGAGGGCGAACCGGGCCAUGGAGUGGUCCAGGGAAACGGUUUGCCGCUAAAUUAUAUAGAUAAUGGUCACCAAAUACCGUAUCAACCGUAUGCUGGUGCAUAUAACACUCAUUAUCCACCGCCGGAGGCGUUUUCGCCCUACGGACCGCCGCCGCCCGGGGGCUAUGCCCCGCAGAACCUGUCGUACGCGCCUCCUGCGCACCAGAACUACCCGCACCACCAGAGUUUCCCGCCACAACAGCCGCCGCAGGCACAGCUACACAUGCCACAGUCCCAUAUGGUUCAAGGCUAUGGAGAUGUGGGUGUGCACAAGCCUGCCUGGCCCCCCCAACCACACUUGUUACCUCCACUGGACACCCAGAAGCCCCUGGAUGUGAAACAGCUCAAGUCAGAGAUUAAACUGGAACCAACUGAUGCUCAGAAACGACCGCACCCUGAGAAUGAAAUGCUGGCGAGGCAGAGAGAGUACAAUAUCAACAUACCCAGUACCUUGGGUGGUGAUCUAGACCAGCCUAAAAUUAAGAUAAAGACGGAUAUAUUCAAGCCUGAUGAUUUAGCACACAGACAGGACAAACCUAUUGAUGUCGGCCAAAAAUCGUUAUCUCUGGACGGACCACAGAAGCCUGCUGAGUUGCAAAAUAAAGAUGAUGGUCAUCCAAUCAUAGGUGUUGAGAACAAGUCACUGGAGAAACCGCCUGAGUCUUGCAAGGCCGAGGGUGCAGCUGAAGGUGGUGCUGGGGACUCGCAACGGGCGGCCGAGCCGACCACUCUCAGUGACAAGAGCGAGGAGGAUCGGAAACCGUUCAGCAGUCCAGAGCUUCCGAAGUCAGGGUCCAUACCUGGCAAGGUGCCGACUCCAGGCAGCGAGCCCAAGAAGAGGGGCCGACCGAAGGGCUCCACCAACAAGCCCAAGCCCCCCGGAGCCGCGCGCGCCCCCGCGCCUGUCCCCGCCGCGCCCCGCGCGCCCCCGCCGCGCCCCCUGCUGCAGCCGCCGCGCCCCCGCGCCGCCGGGUACCAGUAUGCUAUCAGACCGUUCAGGAAGGACUUCUCUGGAAUACAGUUUAGAAGGCGAUGGAGUGACGACUGCCUAGACUCGUCUCACAUUCCCAACGAGGUAUACUUCGGCGACGUGCCGGUGUCCAUGGAGGUAUUGUUCAACUACUACGACGCCAACGCCGAGCGAGAGAAGUUGGCCACGCAGGCCGCACAGAUCGCUGCGCAGAAGGCCGCCGCCGCCAAACUGGCCGCGGCUAAAUUGCAGGCUAGAGGUAUCAUGCCUGCGUCUACUGAGGUAACGACGGUGGACUCUUCAUCGUCAGACGACUCGUCAGGUUCCUCCGGCAGCGACUCGGAAGAAAGUGACGAAGAUACGCCAUUGAAGCGCGGACCUGGGAGACCGAAGGGGUCCAAGAACAGUCCGCGAGCACCUGGGACCCCAUCCGCGGGUAGUACGGGGUCCACGCCCAGCACGCCGGGGACUGGACGACGGGGCCGACCUCCUGUCCCACCAGAGCUGCGCCAACCUGGUAUCACAGACAUGAAGAAGUUCUGCAAAGCUGCUGGAAUACGGUUCGACUACAAGAAGCUUGUUGAAGGUUGUACGAAAAACAAAGAGCGCGUUCAGAAGAUGCUGGACCUACUGACGGCGGCCGGGCUGGAAGGUAAGCCCACGCUGGAAAAGUGCCAGGCGCUAAAGAAAGCCAAGAUCGAGAAGAAGGAACAGGAGAAACAAGCCAAGAAGGAGGCUAAAGUUAAGCACAAAGAAGUUGUUUCGGAGAAGGAAGGCGGAGUAUCACGGCGUAUGACCCGUGGCGCGACAGGCGUGAAGCCACGCCAGCGUAUCGUGAUCUCUUCAGACGAGGAGGACGACACGCCUGCCGCAAGACGUACACUCUCCAAGCUGCGCUCCUCGCUCAAUGACGACUCCGACUCGGACUAGGUAAAACUAAAUUUCCCUGCCUGAUAAGAGUACGCAACAGACAGUACAAUACAAUACUUGUAGCGGGCAGUGAAACAAGUGACCUCUAGAAAGUGCUUCGACGGAGGUCCGGCUUGUACGGUAGCCGUAGUCGGUAUGCGUUACUUCCUACUAAACUUAGUGUUUGCGUCGAAAUUAGUAUGUGGUGUUAGUUGACAAUAUGGCGGCGCGACGGGACGGUGACUGAAGAAAUGGACGAACGAUGAGCAGUUGAAACGACGGUCGUAUAUAUUAUCUACUUAAUUACAAAAUAUUUGUUGGUAUUACUACAAUGUUCUACGCCACUGUUUUAUGGACACCCUUUAGACAAAGAUUUAACAGAUGUACUUCUAACUUCAUACAAAAAUCGAUCUUAAUUCAAAGGUUUUGAAUUGAAUUUCAAUCGAAAGACAAUAUUAUAGAUUUCUUUACAUUCAAGUAUUCUGUCUCGUGACAUCGCGUCGUCAAUAUAAUCCUGUUUCUAGUUAGCAAUUUAACAAGUUUAGUGCAAUGAAAGAGUAGCCAAUAUUAAGUUCCAGUCAAUAACAAUAGACAGCUCCAUAGUAUAUGGUUACUAGAGGUAGGCUAGCGAUAGAUUCUACAUUACAAAUAUACACAUAUUCUAAGAUGAAUCUUUAAUUUUCAUUGGAUGUGUUACAUUGUGUAUCCUUCUCAAAUGGGCCUAAUAAGGAGAUUAGGUUAUAAUCUGUUUGUAUGAUAAGUACAACGGGAUACAUACUAAGUUAGAUAUUGUUCAAGCGAGGUAUUUUAAGUUGGCACAUGUGCAACUCUUGAUUAAGGGCUCCGUUUGGACCCGAAACUUGUCGAGUGUCCUCGUACAACACGCGCUAACAGUAUAACCAUCAUCUAUUGAGGUGUAAUGGUUGUGUUUUUCUAUCAUAGAAAAGUAGAUGUGAUGUUUUUUCAUUUAUUUGUGAUACACACACAGCUAUCUUUUUAUAUUUUUCACUUUCUUCUAUGAUAAAGGUCUAUUCUGUUAAUGUUCUUUGUUUAUAAAUCCUUUUUACUCGAAGUUAUUAAAGAAACUUCUUAGAAUAUGGGUGUUAAUGGUGAACAAAACGGCUUUUAAUACGUAGUAAAAGUUUUUAGAGCCAAAACGAUACGACGAUAGUCCCUUUACUCGAGAAAAAUACAGUACAAGAAAAAAUAUUCAGGUCAAAAACUAAAUCAGUGUUGGCUCUAUAUUUUUUGAAAUAAGAGUGGAGUAGACAUUAUACUAUAUGUAUAUAGAUAAUAUUACUUUUUAUUUUUAGUGUCGCUAAGAUGGUCCACUGAUUUCGUCAUUCCAUUUAUCAGCCAAUCACAGCUUAUACUAACCAUUUAGAGUGACUCGGUGGACAAUUUCCUUAACACGUUUCCUAUCUUUAUUUUAGUAUAUUGACUUAAAUCGCGAUAAAUCACAACAUUUCGAUCUCGUAUCAAAAAAA